AUGAAACAACCGAGUGGCUCCAAUGGCGGGCCCAGGAAGGUUACGAAUGGAGAUCGUCAAGUACUGUCCCUGAAGAAGACGACUCGAGGAGCCAUUUUUGGCAGCAAUGGAACUCUGGGAUGCGGUCGCGAGUGGCUCAGGGGGCGUGUUUGGUGGGCUAGCAGAGUCGCAGAGUUGCUUUCUGGAUGGGGACAGACAGGAAAGGGCAAAGGCGUGCAGUUGUGA